UGUGUGGUCCUUGCGGGCUCCAUGUUGGUGACCCCUGAGCUAGAUGGUUAAGUGGUAGCUUUGUGGAUAGGAUGUUGACCUUCAAUUGCUCAGUAUAACGAUGAUAAUAGUUAUAAUUGUAAGUUGCUAUGAAUAAUGGUGUCUGCCAAUGGAAAUGUAAGGUAGCUUGUGUGGUCUAUUUGCAUUGUGUGUGUGUGUGUGUGUGUGUGUGUGUGUGAAGGAUGGGGUAGUAGAUGACACCUCUCACGACCAGAGAAUAUAUUUCUAUACUUUGGUGACAUAUUUCUGUGCUUCGUAUCGUUUCUGUCCCGUUAUUAUAUAAUAGAGAUGAAGUGUAACCUGUCAAUCAAUCAAUCAAUAAAUCAAUCAAUCAAUCAAUCACGCCUCUAAGACGAGCUACGUCACAACUAAGAUGGCGGCGUCUGUUUAGCUCCGUGCGCUUCGUCUUCUUCUGCAGACAGGACUGGAUUCGGGAAAAAACGAUCUGCGUGGUUUAUUUUUCGAUCACCGGAGCGUCUGUGCAAACAGUAGAUUAUCGAUUCCCAAACAAUUAAAGAAACGUGUUGACGGUUUAAAAAAAAAAAUACAUAACAUACAUAUACAAAGAGAACUGGGCGUGGUUUGUGCUCAGGCUCCUCCUUCCCUUAACGCUUCCUACUUCGAGCUGCACCGCAGCAAACCUCCCAUCAUUUGGUCUGAAGCUCCACUGAAAGGCUGGCCAGGUACGCUAGCGCUCUCUCCGGCUCCACUCUCAUGAAAUCAACACAGGUGGUCUCUGGGUGGAUUUUUAGAUGCGAAGCCGAACGUCUCCGAACGCAGCCGAACGCCUCCGAACGCCUCUUCGGACUCUCCUGGGCUGAUCCCUCCGCCGUCCGACCAUGAGCUCCAGCCCGCUCUCCAACGGCAAGCAGAUGUCGGACAACCAGAGCUGGAACUCGUCGGGCUCUGACGAGGACUUGGAGACGGACCCCGGGCCUCACGGUGGCGGGGUGGCCGAGUUCAGCGGCGUGCUCAGCAAGUGGACGAACUACAUCCACGGCUGGCAGGAUCGCUGGGUCGUGCUGAAGAACAACACUUUGAGUUAUUACAAGUCUCAAGAUGAGAGGGAGUACGGCUGCAGGGGCUCGCUUUGCCUCAGCAAGGCCGUCAUCACGCCUCACGAGUUCGAUGAGUGCAGGUUGGAUAUCAGUGUUAAUGACAGCGUGUGGUACCUGAGGGCUCUGGACCCGGAGCACCGUCACCAGUGGAUCGACUCCAUUGAGCAGCACAGGGCCGAGUCCGGUUAUGGAUCUGAGUCCAGUUUGAGGAGACAUGGCUCCAUGCUCUCCCUCACCUCCGCUACCAGCGGCUACUCCGCCACCUCCACCUCCUCGUUCAAGAAGGGCCACAGUCUCCGAGAGAAGCUUGCCGAGAUGGAGACGUUUAGAGACAUCCUGUGCAGGCAGGUGGACACGCUCCAGAAAUAUUUCGACGCCUGCUCAGACGCCGUGUCUAAAGACGAGCUGCAGAGGGAUAAGAUUGUGGAGGAUGAUGAAGACGACUUCCCAACGACCCGCACCGAUGGCGAAUUCCUGCACAACCACAACGGCAGCAAAGAAAAGCUGUUUCAGUCUUUGAGCACUAAAGGCCUCAACGGGAUCGAUUUUAAAGGCGAGGCCAUCACAUUUAAAGCCACUACAGCGGGGAUCUUAGCCACGCUUUCACACUGCAUCGACCUGAUGGUGAAGAGAGAGGACAGCUGGCAGAGGAGACUGGAUAAGGAGACGGAGAAAAGGAGGAGAGUGGAGGAGGCCUAUAAAACCGCAUUGACCGAGCUUAAGAAGAAAUCUCAUUUCGGAGGCCCGGAUUACGAGGAGGGCCCGAACAGUCUCAUCAACGAGGAUGAGUUCUUCGAUGCCGUGGAAGCUGCUCUGGACCGACAAGACAAAAUAGAGGAGCAGACCCAGACGGAAAAGUGUCGGAUACAGAGGCCGAGCCCCAUGCCUUCCGGAGACGUCUACUCCACGAUGGGCACCCACCGAUUCGCCGAGAAGCCCCCCACUCCGCCCUCUUCCCCUCUGUCCCGUGACGUAGUGCUCAGUCCCGCACGGCAUCACAAGCACAGGUUCAAUAUUGAGGUGGAGGAGAUGGUACAGAAUCACAUGACCUACUCCUUGCAGGAUGUGGGCGGAGAUGCGAACUGGCAGCUGGUGGUCGAGGAGGGAGAGAUGAAGGUGUACAGGAGAGAGGUGGAAGAGAACGGCAUCGUGUUGGAUCCUCUGAAAGCCACACAUGCAGUCAAAGGGGUCACAGGGCAUGAAGUGUGCCAUUACUUCUGGGAUACGGAAGUUCGCAAUGACUGGGAGACUACCAUUGAGAACUUCAACAUCGUGGAGAGUCUGUCUGAUAACGCUGUGAUCAUCUACCAGACCCACAAGAGGGUGUGGCCUGCGUCACAGAGAGACGUGCUGUAUUUAUCUGCCAUCCGUAAAAUCAUGGCCAGCAAUGAGAACGACCCCGACACCUGGAUAGUGUGCAACUUCUCCGUCGAUCACGAUAAAGCCCAGCCGAGCAGCAGGUGCGUUCGUGCCAAAAUCAACAUCGCCAUGAUCUGCCAGACGCUGGUCAGUCCACCGGAGGGCAACAAGGAGAUCAGCCGAGACAACGUCCUGUGUAAAAUCACAUACGUGGCCAACGUGAACCCCGGAGGCUGGGCCCCUGCGUCUGUCCUGAGAGCCGUAGCGAAGAGAGAAUACCCCAAAUUCCUCAAGCGCUUCACCUCCUACGUGCAGGAGAAAACUGCCGGCAAACCCAUCCUCUUCUGAGCUCAGAUGGUCAGUGUACAGCGCCCCCUCUCUACACUCCCAGCUACAGCGGCCCUGAGGAGCAUCCUCUCACUGAAGCCCGUCUUCCUCCUCAUCUUUCUCCUGAUCGUUCAGACCCUCAGCAGCCACCAGAAACAACUCGCUUAUUACCCACGAUUCCCUGCUGCUCUCCUCAGUCUAGACGCCUCGUAGGCUUUAAGCAGACCCCAAAGCUUUUUACGUCCUUCAUGGCUCUGAGAAGACACGUUGCCAAAUCUCAUCAUGCGUCCUGUAUUUUCAGCAGAGAUAUUCUAUUGUUAUUCAGAUGUAUUUACGUGUUGACUGAUGCGAGGUUUGAUGAAAAGGUUUACGCAACUGAAACAUGCAGAAGAACAGACCUGGUUUAGUUUCAAUUUUUUUUUGUUGUUGUCUUUUUUUUCUUUUUUUCCCCCCACAGCAUUCAAUAGAUUGAUCGCAGAAUUCAUUUCUAUUUUUAAUCCCAUGCUGCUAAUCUAAAACAGAAAUGCCGAACACGCUCAGACUUUCCAUCGUCCGGACUACGUUUCUGCAUGAACUCUGAGAGGGCUGUCAUUGAUCUAUGACCUUCAACAUGACUUUGCCUUUUUUUUUCCUUUUUGGUCUCGAUCUCUUAGAUGAAGCCUGGACACUGGCGCUGAAGAGGAGAUCGUUUUUUUUUUGUUGUUUCCGUUUGUCGUUCUGUCAUUGAUUAAUGAUUUUUUCUUCUCUCUGGAAAUCUGAAUCGUGCUAUUUGUUUUCCGAUGUUGUUGUUGUUGUGUUCGUCGGAGACACGACGGCGUACUGUAGCACGAUUACAAGAAUCAGUAGUGAUAGAACAACAAAAAAAAAUGGGAUCUUUUUAAUACAAGGAAUUCGCUUUCCAUCUCGAUGACUUGUACGUAGUUUUGGGAUUAUUGCUUCAAGUGCGUGCGAUUCGUCGUCCGCCAAUGCUUUUUGUGUGAUUCAUCCAAAUCCAUAUUGGGGGGGGGUGGAGGGAUAGGGGGAGACGAGGGCGUUUACGAGUGUGUGUGCGCGUCUGCAGGCGAGCAUGACGAGGUGGAUGAAGUUCAGCGGAUCUCGUUUGCAGAAGAUCUGCACGGGAUGAUUUGAGGGGAGUAUAAAUGAAUAGCGAAGUGCCUAAAUAUCGCAAAAAACAAUGGGAAAAAAUGAUACUCAAAACAAAGACGGGAUUUAAAACAUAAAAAGAAAGAAUUUCGGUAAUUAUACUGUAACGAUGACUCGAUUCUGAUUAUAUAAUUGUAUUAUUUAAUUCUCCGAAUUGGUUUGCACAUUGUGCCUCAUGUGUCUGCGUUUUCGUUUUUCCCCACGGCCAAAUGGAAAUAAAAUUUCCCAUCAUUUUUUUUUUUUAGGAACGAUUUAUUUAUUUAUUUUGUCAGGCUGUAAAUGCCAAGCGGUACGUUUGGAAAUAAAAACGUUCGCCUGAGAAAUCUCACAGCGCAAUUUUUUUCAACUUCCUGUUUUCCAGUAAUGCAGCUCAGCCACUGCAGAGCAUCAGUUACCAUCAAGAUACACGGCCGCUGUUUUCCCUUUUUUUUUUUUUUUUUAAGGGUGCAAUUACUUUUGUCCAAAUCCAGCCAGUCGUAUUUGUUGUAAUGUUUUUGUCAUCGCUUUCUUAUAUGAGUGUCGUUAAUAUUUUAUUGGCGUAAUUACACUACAAGGCAAAAUUUUGUGGACACCUGACCCUCAGCUUCUUUUUAGACACCUCGAUUUUCCAUUCGAUUUUGGACUGUUGGGUCUCUAAGUAAAGUCGGGUACUGAUGUAGGGGAGGUGACGAGACCUGGAGUCAGCGUUUCCGUUCACCCCCACUGAGGUGUUUAAUAGGAUUUAUAGCUUUUCUGAUCUUCCACUCCAAGAAAGGAAAGCAGAUCUUCAUGAAGCUGGCUUUGUGCACAGCUGCAUUGUGAUGAUGGAACAGGUUUGGGUGUCCAAGGUCAAGUCAAGCUAAAAUUGAAUGCUCCAGCUUCCAAAGACGUCUGAUACAAUUGUGUGUCUACAACUUUGUGGAAGUUGGAAAGGUCAGUUGUCCCAUUACAUUUGCCAUCGUAUGGUAUAUUACACUAAGAACAGAAAUGUAAGGUUUUUUUCUGGAUUUUUAUAAAUCCCUGUAUGUGUGGUACAUGAGGCUCAUUGUUUUUUGGUGUUUUAGAAAAACCCUAGGCGUUUUUUUUUUCCCAUCCCACAAAAAGGCAAAAAUCGAUGUAACCGAUUGGUAAAACUUGGCGGUUUGUGUUUUUACACCUUUCGCUGUUCACGUGUGAAGUUUACAGAGAUCAGACGAACGCCACCGAUACUGGCAGCACUCGGGUCACGACCCCGUCGUUUGGCUCCGGAGCGUUUGCUCUUGAAGAGGCUGGAGGACUGUUAAUGAUGGAUGUUGAAGAAAACAUUGGCGUCUUUAGUAGCUCGAUUCCACACACGGCUGCUCAACUUCAUCCCCGACUCGGCUGUUUCUUUCUUCUUUUCUUCUUUCAAAUCUGUUCAAUCGAAUCGAUAAUGAUGUCAGAUCCAAUUCACUACGCUUGUAUAGGCUUUAAAUAAUCAGCAGCUGAUUAGAGGGAGGGUUGGUGAUGCUGGGACAGGAAACAGCCAAUCAGGAGUGGAGUUUUGCACCCAAACGAAGUGUGCGCGCGCAGACGUCCUUCUAAUCUUAGUCCAGUUUAUUUGUUGCGUUUGCACUGAAUGUAAUGUUGAAAUAAAACAAAUGUUUCUGUAAAUAAAAUUGCUCCAUAAACCA